CCCGGAAGUGGGUGGUGAAGUCACCGUCAGCAGAGCAGUCACACCACCACCACCAUCACUGUCUACACACUGUCUGGUCCUAAUGCAGCUGCUGGGAUGAAGCUCCUCACCGGGGAACCACUGAGAUCAUCGCCUGUCUGAGAAGAGAAUCAGCCUCAGCGGACCAUAACCAGUAUCUUCAAAAAGCUCAGAGAAGGACUUUCAGAGGAAGAUAGAGGGAAACAGAGAUUUUCCGCCACCAUGAUGGAAGAAAUGGAUAGGUUUCAGGUGCCCAGCGCGGUGCAGGAGGAGGCAGAGAUGCAAGCGGAGAUGCAGCCGCUGGACCCAGCCUCGUCCACAGCCUCAGAGGGAGACUCAGACACCAGAGAGGGAGAACCUGUCACUAUCAACUACAAACCUUCACCCCUGCAGAUGAAAAUAGAAAAACAGAGAGAACUAGCUCGGAAGGGCUCGUUGAAGAGCAACAACGCUGUGGGGAGUCCAGUAAACCAGCAGCCCAAGAAGAACAACGUCAUGGCCAGAACACGGUUGGUAGUUCCAAAUAAAGGCUAUGCCUCUUUAGAUCAGAGCCCCGAUGAAAAGCCACUGGUGGCCCUGGACACAGACAGUGAUGACGACUUUGACAUGUCCAGAUACUCAUCUUCAGGUUACUCCUCUGCCGAACAAAUCAAUCAGGAUCUGAACAUCCAGCUGCUCAAAGACGGUUACCGCCUCGACGAGAUCCCUGAUGACGAGGACUUGGACCUGAUUCCUCCCAAGUCGGUCAAUCCAACCUGCAUGUGCUGCCAGGCGACCUCCUCCACCACCUGUCAGAUACAGUAACUAUACCUGAUGCCUAACAUAAUACUGCCCGCGGGUCCCCUCAAUCCUCAUCUGCUGUGAUCUGACUUUGCUUCCAGUGUGGCGACAGUGAAGCAUUAGUAGAAUAUUGUAAUGAAAGUUAAGUGCUAUGAUGAAAACAAUGACAAAGAUAUUUAAUAUUUAAUCUAUAGGAGCUUUGGAUUUAAAAGACAAACUAGGAGAAGGCACCGGUGUGAAAAUGUUGUAUUAUAUAAAUGUAUUUAAAAAGUUAAAUAAAAAAGUGUUGGUUUCCUCCUAUGGUAGGACGUUCACUUUCUCUGAAAGACCUCCCGGUGAACACCAUAAAACACUGAUGAAGAAAACAUAGUCAGUUGAUGAGAUGUAAUGUGAUUUCCUUAAAAUUAAAAAACAACACAUAAUUCUUAAUCAGAGCUGUUCUGCUUUUCUGAAUUCCAGGUUGCUUUUUUAUGUUGGUUUUAUUUUUGUAUUUUAAUGCAUUGUUAUUUUUUAACAUGUUGGAUAAGCGUGAUUGUAUGUGUUGGAGAACUGUGCACUGCGGCCCCUUAAUAGCAGAUAUCUAAUACUGAAUUCAUUGUACCAUACAUGGUGGUUAUGUAGCACAGCCCAGAUUGUUGCACUCUUGUUGUAGUGGACCACCAUCCAAACAUCAGCCUGUUUCUUAGACUUUCUGGACAAAAGUUGUCCAUACUUUAAAAAAGUUAAAGUAAAAGUACAGUAUCUUCAUGCUAUGUCUGCUUUCCAUUUGCUGCCCUGUUAAUGCAGCAAAGCUGGAUUCUCUCUGGUUUCCUCCUGCCAUCACAGGGCUCUCGCCUACUGGUCUUUUUGCAGGUACCUCCAUGUUCUCUCUAAGUCGAACAUAUUGUUCCUACAAUGGCCUGGAAACUUGUUUAAAUAAUUAUUUGUAAUAUCAGCAUUAAUAACUUAAUAACAUAAAAGAACAUUAUCUUAAACUAUCUUGUGAUUUUAUCGAUGCAAAAUCAGCAUUGAGUGUAAAAACACAGCUCACAGCAGACUGCAGAGGAACUGUUUAACCCUUGUGCGGUCCUUCGCAUUUUUGUACACACCGUUUGUUCUUGCAAUGAUUUUCAUCUUGUCCCAGAAUAUGAGUAUUAAUGAAUAUGAGGAAAAGUUGGCAUAAGUCAUACAGUACAGGAACAUGCACACAUCCUCAUGCACGCACGCACGCACACACACACAGACUCAAAGACAUUGGAUCAAAGAAGGCCCUUACAAGGGUUAGAACAAUGUCAAAUCAUAGUCAGUGGCCACUUUAUUACACUUUAUUUAUGAAAAAAUAAAACAUAAAAUAACUCAAGGGCAAAAUUAUUAUUCAAAUCUAGUCACAAGCCAAAUGUGAGGGGUUUUGCGGGCCAAAAGUGGCCAUGGGCAAAGAGUUAAAGACCAAUGACUUAGAAGAUGAAACCAAGGAGAAAAAAAGAGAAAAGAGAGAAAACUGUCCUGAUUUCUUCUAUAGACCUGCUCUGAUGGUAGGGACAGAGUUAAGAUUAAACAACACGGAGUCAAUAAACCAUCUGUCCUCGUAUGGAUGUGUGGCAGCUUUUGUCAAUGUGGACCAAAAUCUGUGAGUGACUGUUUUCUCUACUUCUUUUAAUCAGUAGCUGAAGAAGUGCAACAAGAGCACUACACUUGAGUAAACUGACAAAUUAUUAUAAAUUGCACAAAUUUGUGUCUCGAUUUUGCUCCACGGUCAAAUGUUUCAUGUGACACACUUCUUUAUUUUAAAUUUGCACCUUUUUUUUAACAUAUUGUACGUUUCUCUAACCCACUGAAGCCUAUCCUUCUUGUGGUGCAGUGACAGUGUCUUAUCUAAAACCAAUUGUGUGAAAAGGGGAACUGACAUAUCUCUGCACACAAACCUUUCAUAUAUUAGGCUCACGCGAUUCUCUUACACUUGAGGCCAAAGGGACCGAUAUGAGGCUUAACAUAGGAUUUUACAGUAGUCAAAGUUGUGUUACUACCACCUCCCCCUCCCCCGCUUUUCCUCAACCCUUCACUUUAUCUUUCAUAUCAGCAACAGGAGCUGGUGAUACGCCCUCCUGUGUGCUGUCUACAGAUGUUUAGACACAAUUAUCAACUAUGUUUCCCUUACACAUGCAUGCAGAAACACGUGUAUGCUGUAGACAAAGAAAAAUAGAAUAGGAUGGCCUUGUUUGUCAGGAUGCAGUUGAAUGAAUGAGUUUGAGCACUAGGAUAUUAUAACAUUUGUUCCUAAAUCCAUUAUUUGUAAUGGGAGUAUGCCUUAAUUAAAGAAAAAUAAAAUGCUGUAGUUCAUUUCAAUCUUCAGUCAAUUUGUUGUUUGUUUGACUUUUUUUUUUCAAAAAAUAAAUUGUAUUCUAAAAACUUCCAGAUUGAGAUGGUUUGGAUAUGUGCAAAGGAGGGACAGUAGUAGAAGAAUGUUAGAGAUGGAGCUACCAGGUAGGAGACAAAGAGGAGAUAUAUGGAUGCAGUGAGGGAGGACAUGCAGAUGGUUGGAAUCAGAGUAGAAGAUGAAGAUAUAGAAAUCAAUGAUUCGCUGUGGCAACCCCUGAAAAAAGGGACAAAGCCGAAAGAAAAAUAAAAGAAAGAAUUCUAAAAACUUCCAUUAGAGCAGGGGUUUCCAACCCCCGGUCCGGGGACUGAUGCCGGACUGUAGGUCUUUUGGUGCCGGGACACAGUUAAACAAUGUACUUUCGUUUUACUAAUUUACUUUAUCCAAUUUAAUUAAAAAGAAUCCAGUCAUAUCCCUUUACUUUUUCAUUACAAUCUG